CUCUUUUGUUCCUUUUGGAAAUGAUUACCCAAUCAGUUCUCUCUUAAAAAAACACGAGACUUAAAACCAACCACUGGUGUUAUUUUAUGAAUCAUAUUUCAUUUACGACUUGCUCUACUUGGGAGUCACAACUCAAAACAUUGCAGCAGAAAUGAAAAUUGCUGCUUUCAACAUCCAGAGGUUUGGACUGACUAAAGUCUCCAAUCCAGAUGUGCUCUCAGCUCUUGUGAAGAUUGUGUCUCGAUAUGACAUCAUAGUCAUACUGGAGGUGGUGGAUGUCAGCGGUGCAGCGGUGGAACUGUUUGUAAAGGAACUUAACAGAGCCAAUGCAAGCCAUCACUACGCUCAACAGCUUAGUAGCCGACUUGGCAGGAACAGAUACAAGGAACAAUUCCUGUUCCUCUAUAGGGAUGACAUGGUUGACCUGGUGGACUGCUAUCAAUAUGAAGAUAACCAAGAGUGUGACAUGGAUGCUUUCACCAGGGAGCCCUACAUUCUGCACUUCAAACCACACAACACAGUGCUGAAGGAUAUAGUGCUGAUCCCAGUCCGCACUACACAAUGGGACACAGAGAAAGAGCUUGAUGAGCUGUACGAUGUUUUCCUGGCAGUCAAAGCCAAAUGGAAAACCGAUAAUGUGAUGAUCCUUGGGGACUUCAACGCAGAUGGAAAAUGUGUUACUCACAAGGGAAUGAAGGAGCUCCGUAUUCGCAGUGACAAGAACUUCCACUGGCUGAUUGGUGAUGAUGUAGACACGACUUCCAACACAGCGAAUGCACAUACCUACGACAGGAUUGUUGUGUACGGAGAUGACGUGAUGGCAGCCCUUGUGCCACAGUCAGCCAAACCAUUCAAUUUUCACAGAGAGUUUUCAAUGACAGAAGAACUGGCACAGCAAGUCAGUGACCGCUACCCUGUAGAGGUGGAGCUGAGCAGUUCCCUUCCUUUCUGGAUGACAAAUCCUACCCAAAGGCGUGAUGUGGAACACACACUGCAUGCCACAGUAAAUAAAGCCUUGCCAGUGAAUUUACAGGCUGACCUAUCGACACUGCAGAAGGAAAACCUCCUGCUGGAGAGAGAAAAACUCCAACUUGAAAUCUCGAUAUUAAAACAUCACCUUACCACACUCAGCAGAAAACGACAAUCAAAUAAGCUUCACAAUCCUGAGAUAUUUUCCCAUUUUUCUUGAUGUAUUAAUAAUGCAAUAUACUGUACAUAUAAGUUACUUGUAUGCAACUAAAACAUGUUGUAGUUGUUGAUGGAUAGUAAGUAAAGUAUACAAGGAACACCAUUUUAUUUUUACAAUUUAAAGGAGUUUGUAGCUCCACUUUUUGGUAUUCCACAUAUUUCAUAUUUACAUUGAACAUGAAAAAAAGCAUUGAAAACGAAUUCUUACAUUCAAAGUUUGUCUGGUUUUGGCAUUUUGUAAAUUUUGACACAUUUUCAGUCAUAUUAUAAAUGAUACUGCAAGUA